GGCGCGCAUUCACACACCUGCGCAAGUUAGCCCUCAAGAACUAGUUUCCGCCACCAACGUCACAGCAUCCCCGCCCUCUUCAAAAUCUCCACUUUCUCUAUCUCUUGCUCUCAACUGCAAUUCCAUCUCUCAAUCUCCUCCGUCAAUGGCAUCAGCUUCACCGUCCGAUCAGAUCUCACGGCGGACAGCGAUCCUAACCAGGCACCUUCACCGUCCUUCGUUUCAUCCACAUCUUCCAUCUCUCGAGCCGUCCACUUGUCUACAGUAUUCUCCUCCGGAGAUUUCCGCUGCGUCCGAUUUCGAUGUCCGAGAUCUUCGCCGUCUGAUGGACGGCCACAACGUUGAGGACCGGGACUGGCUGUUUGGGCUGAUGGUGCAGAGCAAGCUCUUCUGCCCUAGAAAUUCAGGCGGGAGGACUUUCAUUGCACCGGAUUAUAAUCAGUCGAUGGAGCAGCAGAGGGAGAUGACGAUGAAGAGGAUCGGAUAUCUGUCGAGUCUAGGGGUUUUCGAUGGUUGGUUGACAGGAAGAGGGCCUGAAUCGGAGCUGAGGAAACUAUCGUUCUUGGAGUGUAUCGGGAGCUAUGAUCAUUCCCUCGCAAUUAAGAUCGGCGUGCAUUUCUUUCUCUGGGGUGGUGCAAUCCAGUUCUUUGGCACAAAGCGUCAUCAUAACAAGUGGUUGAAGGACACUGAAAACUAUCUGGUCAAAGGCUGCUUUGCAAUGUCUGAAUUGGGACAUGGAAGUAAUGUUCGAGGAAUUGAAACAGUCGCCACUUACGACAAAAACACUGGAGAAUUUGUUAUUAACACCCCCUGUGAAUCAGCUCAGAAGUACUGGAUUGGUGGAGCUGCUAAUCAUGCUACACACACAGUAGUUUUCUCUCAGCUACAUAUAAAUGGAAGUAAUCAAGGGGUCCACGCAUUCAUAGUCCAGAUCAGAGAUUCAGAUGGAAGCAUUUGCCCAAACAUCCAUAUAGCUGAUUGUGGUCAUAAGAUUGGCCUGAAUGGAGUUGAUAAUGGUCGAAUUUGGUUUAACAAUGUCCGGAUCCCUCGAGAGAACUUGCUGAAUUGUGUUGCCGAUGUAUCACCGGAUGGGCAAUAUCUAAGUGCAAUAAAAGAUCCAGAUCAGAGAUUUGCAGCUUUCAUGGCGCCUCUGACAUCAGGUCGUGUAACCAUUGCAGCCAAUGCAAUAUAUGUUUCAAAAAUUAGUUUAGCAAUUGCCAUAAGAUACUCACUGACACGGCGGGCUUUCUCUAUUGCACAAAAUGGGCCUGAAGUUCUAUUGCUUGACUACCCAAGUCAUCAGAGGCGGCUCUUACCUCUCCUUGCAAAGACAUGUGCUAUGAGCUGUGCAACCAAUUAUCUGAAGAGGAUAUAUGUACAGAGGACCCCUGAAUCUAUCAAAAUCUUACAUGUUUUUUCUAGUGCAUUCAAGGCUACAUUCACCUGGCAUAACAUGAGGACUCUUCAGGAAUGCCGUGAAGCCUGUGGAGGGCAAGGCUUGAAGACAGAAAACCGCAUUGGACAUCUAAAGGGUGAAUUCGAUGUGCAAUCCACAUUCGAGGGGGACAAUAAUGUACUGAUGCAACAGGUUAGCAAGAUACUUCUUUCAGAAUACAUAGCAGCUCAGAAGAAGAAGAAGCCAUUUAAAGGAUUGGGAUUAGAACACAUGAAUGGUCCUUGCCCUGUUAUUCCAGCUCAGUUGACAAGCUCUGAUCUCAGGAGUAGCCAAUUCCAGACUGAGAUCUUAUGCUUAAGAGAACGAGAUUUACUGAAGCGUUUUGCUACUGAAGUUUCCCAGUAUCAGGCACAGGGAGAAAGCAAAGAUUAUGCAGUUAUCCUGAGUUAUCAAGUUGCGGAGGAUUUGGCUAAAGCCUUUGCUGAUCGAGCGGUAUUUCAAACCUUCUUGGAAGCUGAGAUGGCACUGCUUGCUGGACCAUUGAAGAAUGUGUUAGGUCUCUUGAGGUCCAUGUAUGCCUUGAUCAACAUGGAAGAGGACACGUCAUUUCUUCGAUAUGGCUACCUAUCAACAGACAAUGCUGUUGUUGUGAGGAAGGAGGUGACAAAGCUGUGCAAUGAACUGAGACCCCAUGUACUGUCAGUGGUCAGUUCAUUUGGAAUCCCGGAUGCUCUACUUGGUCCAAUAGCUUUUGACUGGGUCGAUGCAAAUUCAUGGUCCUCGGUUCAACACUAGCAACACGCAAUGGACCAUUCUCAAGGGUACGAUUCAACGCACCUGAUUUCUUCCUUGUUUGAAACUUUGUAGUGUCAAUAAGGUGGUAGUGUUUGAGGUCCUACACUCGCUGUGGGCAAGCUAAGCCUACUCUGUAAAAGUAUUCCAUAAAACAUUAAAUAAAUUUGCCAUCACUAACGGCACGUAUCAACA